AAAUUAUACAAAUGUGGGUGUUAAGUAUAUACGCACCUGUUAGCAUGUUUCGCCGUGUGCGCCGCCGGUAAGCGAUUCGCUCGUCCGCAGUUUGUUUACGCCCGCCUACCGACCACCAAUCCGGUUUGCCCAUUCCCAACAUUGAAAAAGUUAAUAUCGAUAGCGCAGAAAAAAUCGACGCACUAAUCUCGAGCGUCUCUCCAUGAUCUAACGUAAAACAGUCCUCUCAAGAGCGUGUGAACCAACGCGGAAUCACCUUAUCGUAGGGUCGCAUUAAACUUAUCUCAACGCUUUAUCUGACGCUGCAGUUGGCAUUGCCUCUUUCCCGUGAUAUCGUAAGGGCAUAUUUCAAAAGUGACCGUUUGGGUUUCGAGUAUCCGCGCGCGGCGGCUCGACCGUUUUUUUCUCGGUUUCCAUCCCUUCCCCAACCUGCUCGUUCUCUCUCUUUCUCCAUGGGCUGUGCUGUAGGACUCUGGUAUCCUUCUAUAUCCUAUACGCGACGCAGGGCGGCUCCGAUUUCUACGUAUAAUGAGAUACAGUGUAGUAGGAUUCGUAGUAUAGAUGGACAGCACUGCAAUCACGCUGUUGCGGUACACUCCCUUCAGAACUCAAACUCAAAUGCGUCGCGAUCGUUCUAGUGCACUGACAGUACUUUCUGUAUACUUAUAGAUGUUUGGUAUUUUUUACGUUACUUCGUACAAAUAAGCAGUACUCAGUUCACUUGGUUGACUGCAGGACUGUGUGCAGAUUUUGGCAUUGCAACAUGAAUCGCCUAAAAGGUUUUUUGCCCAGCAGCACCGUCGGCACACGCUGUACAAGUUCUGAAAAUGGUACUGCAAGCGGUACAUCUGAUUACAGUACCUGCUCUGAUAAUCCAGGACAUUUAUACAUGAGAAAUGAAAAUGCACAGAUAACACAGCAAUCUGUCAUUUUAGCAGGACAUACUUUACCAAAUCAAGAAUCCAUAGAUGAAUCCGAUUAUUCAGUGAAUUUUUUGGAAAAAAAUAUAGACGUUCUCACCGAAGAUGAGGAUUGUUUUGAGGAUUGCAAAGAGCCAAGUCAAUCAGAAUCAAAUGGAGGAGAUCAAAGCUCUGAAUACAUACCGCUUCAAUCUGUAUCCAAUUUAUUAGAAAUGAAGUCAAAUAAUCAUUUUUACAAGAGUUAUUUAAAUGCUAAUAAUUUAUCGAGUAAUGCUGAAACAAGUCACUCAACUGAUUCUGUACCAGUUACUAAUUCACAAACAGAAGCUGAGCGACUAAUAACUAUUAUGGAAGAAACUGAGGUGACAUACACUACUAAUACUAUUCUUGUUAAAAACAAAUCUCCGAUAAAUUAUAAUAACACAGGAGAGUUAGUGGUGGACAUGGUUGAACAGCUCAAAAAUUAUGAGAAGCAUAAUAAGACUGAUGGGAACUCCACUAAAAGAGUUUUGUUUGCUAAUGAAGAAAAUAUAAUUAAUGAUAAUCAAGAAAAUAGCAGAGCUGAUAAAUCUAUAUUUAAAAAAUGUAGACGUGCUUCUAAUUCAUUAGUUGAUAAAAAUGUAUGCUCUGCUGGAAAAGGAAAAGAUAUAAAUGAAAACAGUAAAAGUCAUAAUCAUAAUACCACAGAAUCGUUUGUUUUGUGGGAAAAAUAUCUUGAAUCUUCUGAGAAAAUAAGUAGUAGAAGAAGCUUGUCAUUUUCAGAAUUGAACUGUGUUAAUGAAAGUUAUGGAGGAGAUGAUGAAUAUUCAACGACUUUCAAAUCACUGGAUGAAACUUGCUUAUCAACUUGUUCAUUCGAUUCAGUUCAUGAAAAAAAGAAUUCACAGCAGAAACGUUUUAGUCGCAGGAGCAAAUCAUGCGAUGAUCUUCUAAAAGAAGUAAAACACUUACCACACAUUAUAUAUCAAAGAUUUUUAAAAUGUUUGUCAAAAGAAAUUGACAGCAUGUUAAAACAAAAUGUUGUUUGUACAUGUGAGCGAUCUUUUAAAAAACGAUCAAAUAAAGAGAAUAAUGGAAAAAAUACAAAAGCUGCUGUGUGCAGAGCUACAGAUUUCAAAAAAUAUAAUAGUACAAAAGAAUCAAGAUUGACUCCAGAUAGAAUAGUUACUAAAAGUCCACUUAAACCUCUUGCUAGUGAAUCAAGAUUGACUUCAGAUAGAUUAGUAAUUAAAAGUCCUCUAAAAUCCGUUACAAAUGAAUCAAGAUUGACUCCAGAAAGAUUAUUAUCGAAUGCAUCUAAAAAUCCUUUAAGAAUGAGUCCUAAAUCACCAAUUAAAACACCAACAAAAAAACGUGAAUUAUAUUGUUGGCAAAAAGAAAUUGUUUCACCAGUUGGAGAAUACAUAAGAGGAAAAAGGCAAAGUCCUUUUCAAAGUUCUCCAAACAAGAAGAAAGUGUAACCUUCUUUAUUUAUUUUUUGUUUCAAACUAUUGCAAAGAAAAGUGAUAAGUGCAAACGUAUGUAUUUUUUUUAUUCGUUUUUAUUUUAUUUUAUCUAAAUUUUAUGUUGGAGACAAAUUUUAAUAUUAAUAUAGGUUCAAUGAGUAUUCUUGUUUAUAUUAUUAUCUUACAUUAAGCUUUCAAAAUAAUACAUUAAAAGUAUUUUGCAAAUAUAUAAGUUAUAGAAAAUAAGAGAAUUAUUAUUAGUAAUGAAGUAUUUUGUAUAUGCAAAUUGAUUGCCAAGAGACUAGUUAAUAGAAAUAUUAAAUGUGUCUAUUUGGCAAUUUAAUAAAAUAUGUGCAAAGUUGGUUUAAUAAGAUAAAAGUUUUUUACAAAAAGAAAAAUAAUACAUGUAUUAACUUUUGUAAUAUAAUCAACGUUUUAAAUAUGUUUGAAACUAUAUUUUUCAACUUUGAAGUUACUUUAUAAUUCUUAGAGCAAUACAAUAUUAGUUAUGGCAGCUACUUAAUUUAUGACAUUUUGCAUUUAAAUCAGUUUUUAAGAAAAAAAUGCAAUAGCGAAAAUGUACAAAAGAAUACACAUUAAAAUCAUUUAAAUUUAAAAGAGAAGUAUAUCUAAAUUAAUGAUGAUUAUACAUAAGCGUAAUAAUUCAUCUUGAAUUUAUUGUUAUUUCGAAAAACAUUGUACAAAUUGUAAAUUAUUAUCAGUAAUGUAAUAAAAUUAUUUACACACUA